UAAAUAAAUAAUCAAAUGAGAUCACUAAUCAGGGGUGAUAUGCAAAGUCACAUUGGUCAUGGUAAAGUGUUGGACAUAAAAUGCGACUUUUGUGAUUCUGAAGCAGCUUAUGCAUUUGUGCUCAAAUAGUGUUUGGAAGAGGAAUGGUAAAAUGCAGAAUUCUGCAGAAUUUUUCAGUACUUACGUUCAUGUAUAAUGUUGGUCAUGCCUGAUCUUAUAGCAGCAGCAGCCACAGGAAGAUGAGGUAAUUAGGCAGAUCACAGCGGAACAGGUUGCAUUCUCAUUCCUUUCAACCUUCCUUCUUCCUCCCCAACCUGCACAGUUCUGGUAGGGGGUGGGAUGGGUUAUAUGCUUUACCCAGGAUCCCAAGCGUGCCCUGGGUUCGACUUCUUUCUCUAGACUAAUCCAGUUCCCAGCCUGGAGCCUAAGCAUACACUGCAUUAAUCAGACUUGCUGGAAUGAUCACAUGGUUUUCUAGCUGCCUCCCCUGUUAGCUGCCGCUUGUCAGCAGCUGGCGGAGCUGGAGGCUGCAGGCCCCUGUCUGCAGAAAGCCUUUUACUUCAGAAUAUUGGGGGGUGUGGAAACCCCGCCGCUUUCUUCUGCACUUUGCACCAUCUGACUAACUAAAUGGUUGUCCUUCACACCAAAAAGACUACCACACAAUCUAAGGAAAUUUUCUCUGACUAGGUCAUGUUUGCAUUUGAAGAAUUCAGUGAACAGAGUAUCUGCCAAGCCCGGGCUUCCGUGAUGGUCUAUGAUGACACCAGUAAGAAAUGGGUACCAAUCAAGCCUGGCCAGCAGGGAUUCAGCCGGAUCAACAUCUACCACAACACUGCCAGCAACACCUUCAGAGUCGUUGGAGUCAAGCUACAGGAUCAGCAGGUUGUGAUCAAUUAUUCAAUCGUGAAAGGGCUGAAGUACAAUCAGGCCACGCCAACCUUCCACCAGUGGCGAGAUGCCCGCCAAGUCUACGGCUUAAACUUUGCAAGUAAAGAAGAGGCAACUACGUUCUCCAAUGCGAUGCUGUUUGCCCUGAACAUCAUGAAUUCCCAAGAAGGAGGCCCCUCCAGCCAGCGUCAGGUGCAGAAUGGCCCCUCUCCUGAUGAGAUGGACAUUCAGAGAAGACAAGUGAUGGAGCAGCACCAGCAGCAGCGUCAGGAAUCUCUAGAAAGAAGAACCUCGGCCACAGGGCCCAUCCUCCCACCGGGGCAUCCCUCAUCUGCAGCCAGCGCCCCCAUCUCAUGUAGUGGGCCUCCACCGCCACCCCCACCCCCUGUCCCACCUCCACCCACGGGGGCUACCCCACCUCCCCCACCCCCGCUGCCAGCCGGAGGAGCCCAGGGGGCCAGCCAUGACGACAGCUCCAUGUCAGGACUGGCUGCUGCCAUAGCUGGGGCCAAGCUGAGAAGAGUCCAACGGCCAGAAGAUGCAUCUGGAGGCUCCAGUCCCAGUGGGACCUCAAAGUCCGAUGCCAACCGGGCAAGCAGCGGGGGUGGCGGAGGAGGCCUCAUGGAGGAAAUGAACAAACUGCUGGCCAAGAGGAGAAAAGCAGCCUCCCAGUCAGACAAGCCAGCUGAGAAGAAGGAAGAUGAAAGCCAAAUGGAAGAUCCUAGUACCUCCCCCUCUCCGGGGACCCGAGCAGCCAGCCAGCCACCUAACUCCUCAGAGACUGGCCGGAAGCCCUGGGAGCGGAGCAACUCGGUGGAGAAGCCUGUAUCCUCGAUUCUGUCCAGAACCCCGUCUGUGGCAAAGAGCCCCGAAGCUAAGAGCCCCCUUCAGUUGCAGCCUCACUCUAGGAUGAAGCCUGCUGGGAGCGUGAAUGACGUGGCCCUGGAUGCCUUCGACUUGGACCGGAUGAAGCAGGAGAUCCUAGAGGAGGUGGUCAGAGAGCUCCACAAGGUGAAGGAAGAGAUCAUCGAUGCCAUCAGGCAGGAGCUGAGUGGGAUCAGCACCACGUAAGGGGCCAGCCGCACUGCGCUGAGAUGUCAAGCCCAUCUGGCGACAGAGGACAGCCAGGAGCCCAGCCAGCCCCAGACUCCAGCGCACCAACCAGAGCACACACGGGAGCCUGGGUGCACUGCCGAGGAACCUCCCAACCUGUGAUCACACGCUACAGUGAGGAAACCAAGUGCAACUCCUGGAUUUUUUUAGAUUCUACCUGACACAGAACACCAGGUCUACUUGUCUUUUUUGUAUUUUAUAUUUGCUUAUUUAAGUGUACAUUUCUUUUGGUUUAUAGAGACACCCCUAAAUCACCUGCUUCAUUAGAUGGUUUCCAGGUUUUCUCCCAGGUGACGCUGUUAGCGCCUCAGCUGGCAGUGACAGCCGGCCCGGUGUGGCGCCACCGUGCACUGCAGAGCUGCCCAGUGCAGCUCCGUCCCCAGCGAUCAUGGUGUUGAAAUUGUCUGUCAUGCACCACGGUGUCUGUGUUCACACAGUAAUAAAGGUUUACUGUCCACA